AUGGGGGCGGGCAUCUGCUGCCCCUGCUGGACUAGUCUGGGCACCAUCCCCCUCAUGCCAGACCCUGGAGCAGAAGAGACCGUGCUGCCUGCUCAGGCUCCCCAGCGAGUGUCCACCAGGAGGCUGCUGGCCACCCUGGCCCUGGCUUUUCUCCCUGCCGGCCUCGGGGUGCUCACCCCCUCAGAGACCUGGGAGCCCCAGCUGGGCCUGCCCCUCCCACCGGACACUUGCACCGGCUCCCCUAGGACCCCGGCCUUGGCCGAGCCCAAUGGACAGGGCCCCAAGAACCCCCGUGUGUCCACCGUGACGGUGCAGCUGGAGAUGAGGGCUCUGUGGGAAGAGUUCAACCAGCUAGGCACAGAAAUGAUUGUCACCAAGGCGGGCAGGAGGAUGUUCCCCACCUUCCAAGUGAAGAUUCUGGGCAUGGACACACUGGCCGACUAUGCCCUGCUCAUGGACUUUGUCCCCCUGGAUGACAAGAGAUACAGGUAUGCCUUCCACAGCUCAGCCUGGUUGGUGGCCGGUAAGGCUGACCCAGCCACCCCUGGCCGCGUGCACUUCCACCCGGACUCACCAGCCAAGGGCGCACAGUGGAUGCGGCAGAUUGUGUCCUUCGACAAGCUCAAGCUGACCAACAACCUGCUGGACGACAAUGGCCAUAUCAUCCUCAACUCCAUGCACCGCUACCAGCCCCGUUUCCAUGUGGUCUUCAUGGACCCCCGCAGAGACAGUGAGCGCUACGCCCAGGAGAACUUCAAGUCUUUCAUCUUCCCCGAGACCCAGUUCACGGCCGUGACCGCGUACCAGAACCACCGGAUCACCCAGCUGAAAAUCGCCAGCAACCCUUUUGCCAAGGGCUUUAGAGACAGUGACCCGGACACCUGGCCUAGGGGCCCCCAGCCCCUGCUCAGCAUCCCAGCCCGGACUCGAACUACCCUCAGCCCCUGCCCGCAGAAGGGCCCCAGAGGGCAGGAGCGCGACGCCAACAGAGCUCCAGCCUCCACGUCAAAGACAUCUGCCUGGCUCCACCAGCAGCUGCUGGUCCCCCCUGAGACCCUGCUGGCUCCGACCACCUCCCGGCCCCUCACCUAUCAGAGCUUUUACUCAAGAGCCCCAACCCCCCUGGGGGCCCCCAGGGCCCGAUCAGCUCCAUACCCUCUCCCCAACAUCAGGGCUGACAGGGAUCAAGGGCGCCUGUCCUUCCCACAAGGGCUGGGGCUCCUGUCCCCCGCAGCUGUAUGCCUGGGGCCUGGCCAGGCCCCACAGUGAGAGGGACAGAGGCCUCCUGUCCCAGAGCCACAGCAGCGGAGGGGGACUUGGCCUCCACCCUCCCACUCCCUCCAGCCCCACCUCUGCAGAGAUCCUCACUCACCUCUCCCCCUUCUCCUGAGGGCAAGGGAGGUGCCCAUUAAAGGGGAAGAUGCCAGGCUUGGAAUUGCCUCCUGCCCUCCCAUCCCUAGGAUGGAGGACCCUGCCCCAUCCUGCUGUGGGGGUCACCCACUGAGCUUGCUU